GUGGAUAAUCUUUGCGUGUUUACAAAUCAUGUCGCUUCAUGAGUAUUAAGCGGUUUGUUGGUCGAAAGUGCAGUGAAAAUACAGUAAUGUUUUUUCGGUAUAAUAAUAUUCCGUGACUUUUUUGUGUGUCAGAAACCGUAUAGCUUUCGUGUAGCGUCAGUCAGUAUUUCAAGAAAUGGCAGAUGAUUCAGGGAAUGAAGAUCAGUGGUUGUACGGGGAUUCGAAUCAAGAUGCCCCAGAAAGGGAUAAUAAAACUGAUCCUAAAGACGUACCGGACGCAGUUCAUAAUACUGAUUCUCAGAUCGACACUUUGGAAGAUCUCGGCGAUCAGCCUUUGCCGGCACCAGAACCUCCCACCAUAGCACCACCAGAGGUUAAAGAUGGUGAAGAGGAUUCGGAACUGAAUAUAGCUGAGGGUGAGGGUGGACAGAUUUCAAGAGAACAAGGGGAGGUGGAUGCUGAAGGAGCUGUAGAUGGUAAAGAAACUGAAAAUGGCAUUAUUGGUGGUGUAGAUGAUGAUGAUGAAGAUGAAGAUAGUGAUGAUGAUGUGCAGGUUGUCAUUGGAGACAUUAAAACUAGUCCAACAUAUACAAGUCUUAAUAUAAAACGAGGUGGUCUUCUUACAUCAGCAGUUGGUGGAGAGAAACUGAAGCAACCAGGAAAAUUUUCCAUUGAGGAAUUUGAAGCUAUAGGCACCAUUAAUGGAGUGCCUGCACAUGAAUUUAAUCUUGAUUCAUUGGAAGACAAACCAUGGAGAAAGCCUGGUGCUGAUAUUACAGAUUAUUUCAAUUAUGGCUUCAAUGAAGAGACAUGGCGUGCUUAUUGUGAACGUCAGAAACGUAUUCGAAUACACGAGUCUGGUGUGGGCUUAGCACAGAUUGGAAGCACCACUGCUGGUCGUGGAGCCAUACCUGUUGCAAUCACCAAUGACAAUUCUAAAUAUUCAGGUUUUAUGGGACCAAAGAAAGCAGGCCCACCUCCAGGAAGAAAAAUGGGUGGUACUAUUGACGUAAUAGGUGGUGGUGGGUUGGCCUCACGAAGAAAUUUGGAGAAAGGCACACCACCAAAGGAGAAUGUCAUUCAGGUUAUGACAGCAGAUCGACGGGAAUAUAGUAGGAAACCACCAUUUCCAGACAUGACUGUACCACCACCAACUACAAUUCCGCCAGCUUUUGAACUGCCUCCUCCUCCACAUGGCGUAAUACCUCCAGUACCAACAUCAUUUCCUCCACCUCCCCCACCUCACAUUGAGCCAUAUGGAAGUGAAUUCUACACGCCAGAGGCAGAUCCUUACUAUCAGUCUUACGAACCAACUCAGGACUCUCAGUGGAAUGAUCCUACAUGGCAGCCAACACCUGUACCUGUUGCCUCUGAUGUGAAGGUGCUCACUCCAUCGCCGAUGGUCAGCCACUUGCCUCCAGUCAUCUCCGCAUCAUCUGGUGGACUGCCUCCGGAAACAGCCAGCCAGGAUUCCCGCAGUUCUUUGAGAGACCAUGGUGACGACAACGCAUCUGUGGCAGGUGGCAGAGCUGAAUCUAUUACAAAGGAUUCUUCUGAGAAGGAGCCCAGAGAGAGGACCAGAGACAAAGACAGGGACAAAUCUGAAAGGCAUCGAGACAGGUAUAGAUCUCAUCGACACCGUUCAAGGAGCCGUAGUACAGAGAAACGUUCCAGGCGACAUAAAAGUCGCAGUCGUAGCCCAGGUCAUCGUAGUCAUCGGAAGAAGAAGUCACGUCGUUCUGACCGUGAGAAGAGCAAAGAAGAAAGUGAAUAAUGUGCUCCAAAUAAGAUAAAUACACAUUGACAAAAACUUUAAAAUGUGCAACAUUAAUUAUCAAGCAGUAAAUAAUUUUUAUUUCAAUAAGCAAAAA